AUGUCAGCUGAAAUACAUCUAAUUGAAAGUACCAGUGUCAAGUAUAAACAGUUACCAGGUACCAGUGACAAGUAUAAACAGUCACCAGGUACCAGUGACAAGUAUAAACAGUUACCAGGUACCAGUGACAAGUAUAAACAGUUACCAGGUACCAGUGACAAGUAUAAACAGUCACCAGGUACCAGUGACAGUAUAAACAGUCACCAGGUACCAGUACCAGUGACACAGUAUAGACAGUCACCAGGUACCAGUGACAAGUAUAAACAGUUACCAGGUACCAGUGACAAGUAUAAACAGUUACCAGGUACCAGUGACAAGUAUAAACAGUUACCAGGUACCAGUGACAAGUAUAAACAGUCACCAGGUACCAGUGACAAGUAUAGACAGUUACCAGGUACCAGUGACAAGUAUAGACAGUUACCAGGUACCAGUGACAAGUAUAAACAGUCACCAGGUACCAGUGACAAGUAUAGACAGUCACCAGGUACCAGUGACAAGUAUAGACAGUUACCAGGUACCAGUGACAAGUAUAGACAGUUACCAGGUACCAGUGACAAGUAUAAACAGUCACCAGGUACCAGUGACAAGUAUAAACAGUCACCAGGUACCAGUGACAAGUAUAGACAGUCACCAGGUACCAGUGACAAGUAUAGACAGUUACCAGGUACCAGUGACAAGUAUAAACAGUCACCAGGUACCAGUGACAAGUAUAGUGACAAGUGUGGUAGUUUUAAGAGUGUGUUGAGGUUUACAUAUGGUAGUUUUAAGAGUGUUGAGGUUUACAUAUAG